ACACAGUGCAGGUCGACGAGGAGAGCCGCAUAAGAACAUUAAUGUGGGUGACAAGUAGAGGGUGCGAUCAGUAUAGGUAUUUUGGAGAUGCAAUAACAUUUGAUACUACAUACAGGACAAACCUGUAUGAUAUGCCGUUUGGCCUGUUUGUUGGCGUCAACAACCACUUCCAAAGCAUAAUAUUCGGUUGAGCCAUGAUGAGAGACGAGAAAGAGGAAACAUUCAAAUGGAUAUUCAGGGAGUUUGUCUGCAUGGUGGGUGGCAAACAUCCGCAGACAAUACUUACAGAUCAAGCACGGUCUAUGGAGCUUGCUAUUGAAGCAGAGCUGCCAAACACAGUGCACCGUUGGUGCAAAUGGCAUGUUUUGAAAAAGGCUAAGGAAUCCAUGGGUGUUCUCUGGAGCAAGAACAGCAAUUUCAAACUGGAGUUCCACAAGCUUGUCCAUCACAUGAUAACUGAAGAAGAAUUUGAGGCUGGAUGGGACCAGAUGUUGGAGAAGUACUCGCUGAGGAAGCAUCCAUUCUUGACGCAGAUAUAUGAGGUGAGGCAUAAAUGGGCAAAGCUGUAUUUCCAAGGGGUGUUCUGUGCUAGGAUGACAAGCACUCAACGGAGUGAGAGCGCAAACCAUCUUUUGAAGGGUUACGUGCCGCCAUUCUUCGUGCGUAUCAUCCCUGACCUGAUUUCCGUAAACAUAGUUAGUCCUGGAUGAGAAAAUGAAGAAAAUUUGUCUUGUGGGUUGCGUAUGCCGUUGGAAAAUUGAAGAAUAAGUUCAAACGUACCUUGCCACCGCUGAAAGUGACUUCACCACCUGGGAUGUUUACUGUGAUUUGCUCGACCAUCUUUUUCAUUGACUCA